CACAAAAAAUCCUAGUCCGAAGAACACUUGGAAACAUAUAGUGGUUAAACUCUGUUCACUUGUAGACUAUGGCUGGGUGAAGGAUGGAAACAUUACGAUUCUCUAGCAUCAUCAGCUGAGGCAAGUUCUGCAGGGAUACAUGUCUUAUCUGGCUAUGUAUUACACAAUGAUGGACCAAAAGAUCCAACAUAUAAGUCGUUAUAUACCACUAUAGAAAAUGCACAGACAAAGAGCUAGAAAAAUUUGGUUACAAAUAUGGUGAAUUUGUGACAACACUCAUUGUGGAAGGUAGAAAAUAUCUUCCAUGGAUCACUAAGCAGUUCAUUAAAAAUGGUGGUAAACUUAUCAAAAAGAGGCUUUCAACGCUAGGAGAUAUAAGAGGCACAUAUGAAAUUAUAGUAAAUUGUUCAGGAAUGGGAAGUCGGGAACUAGUUGGUGAUGCAAGGAUGUAUCCAAUAAGGGGCCAGGUUUUUAGGGUGAAGGCACCCUGGGUUAAACAUUUCUACUAUGACACCCAAAAUGUGGCAUAUGUAAUUCCUGGUGCAGACAAUGUGACACUUGGGGGCACAAUGCUGGUUGAUGAUGAAGAUACAGUUGUAAGAGUAGAAACAAGGGAUGAGAUCCUUAAAAACUGUUGUACACUUGUGCCAAGUUUAGCCAAAGCAGAAUUCCAAUGGGACUGGGUGGGCCAAAGGCCAGCAAGGCCAACUCCAAGAAUCGAGGCUCAAAUCGAAAGGAUCAAUGGCAAAGCACAGAAGGUGGUACACAACUAUGGCCAUGGAGCAGCUGGGAUCACCCUAAGCUGGGGCUCAGCUGUACAUGCUACCAACCUCCUUAAAGCACUUCUAAACAGUACAACUGCUAAAUUAUGAAACAAUAAUCUCAGCCAACCUUCUCCAAAUUCAUGUAACAAACAUUUGAAAUUAAAUCAUGUCUAAAUAAAAAGCUAAUGAUAAACCAUUGGUUUGACCAGAUUAUUAAGUCACUUAUUGACCAAAGGAAAGAGUCUAUAACUUAUGCAAUAAUAUAGUAACGCAAACCAUAAAUAAAUUGAAAACUUAAAGUCAUAUGAAAACAUUAACCUCAUAUGAGAUAAAUCAGAUUGUAGAAUAUGCAAUGAGAGAGCUGUUGAAUAUAAAGACAUGUAUUAUACAGCCACGUGCUGUAUAAAUGAUAGUCAUAUUUUAA